AUGGCUUACAUGGCGGCGGCCGCGGCCGGCCUGGGCGGCGGCGCGGGCCCUGGUCCCGAGGCCGGGGACUUCCUGGCCCGGUACCGGCUGGUGUCGAACAAGCUGAAGAAGCGGUUCCUGCGGAAGCCGAACGUGGCGGAGGCCGGCGAGCAGUUCGGGCAGCUGGGCCGCGAGCUGCGCGCCCAGGAGUACCUGCCAUACGCGGCCUGGUGCCAGCUGGCGGUGGCGCGCUGCCAGCAGGCGCUUUUCCACGGGCCCGGGGAGGCGCUGGCCCUUACCGAGGCCGCGCGCCUCUUCCUGCGGCAGGAGCGCGACGCGCGCCAGCGCCUGGUCUGCCCCGCCGCCUACGGGGAGCCGCUGCAGGCCGCCGCCAGCGCCCUGGGCGCCGCUGUGCGCCUGCACCUCGAGCUGGGCCAGCCGGCCGCCGCCGCUGCCCUCUGCCUCGAGCUGGCCGCCGCCCUGCGCGACCUGGGUCAGCCGGCCGCCGCUGCUGGCCACUUCCAGCGCGCCGCCCAGCUCCAGCUGCCCCAGCUGCCGCUAGCCGCGCUGCAUGCGCUCGGUGAGUCCGCCUCCUGCCAGCUGCUGGCGCGCGACUACAACAGCGCCUUGGCGGUCUUCACGCGCAUGCAGCGCCUGGCGCGGGAUCACGGCGGCCAUCCCGUGCAGCCGCCGCCACCACCGGGGCCCCAGCCCGGACCCGGCGCGACACCCGCCUUGCCGGCCGCGCUGCUUCCUCCGAACGACGGCUCUACGGCUCCUUCUCCCGCAGCCCUGGGCGCCUUCUCAGACGUCCUGGUCCGCUGCGAGGUGUCUCGCGUGCUACUGCUGCUGCUCCUGCAACCACCGCCCGCCAAGCUGCUGCCGGAGCAUGCCCAGACCCUGGAGAAGUACUCCUGGGAGGCUUUUGACAGCCACGGGCAGGAAAGCAGUGGGCAGCUUCCCGAGGAGCUCUUUCUACUGCUCCAGUCCCUGGUCAUGGCUACCCACGAAAAGGACACGGAAGCCAUCAAGUCGCUGCAGGUGGACAUGUGGCCACUGUUGACUGCUGAGCAGAACCACCUCCUUCACCUCGUUCUGCAAGAAGCCAUCUCCCCCUCGGGACAGGGGAUCUGAUGAUAAAUCACAGUAACCAAAUGACUUCGUGCCUGCUAUCAAACCUCACACAUCCACCUUUGCAUUUCGGGAGAAAGAAGAUACAUCGUUCCUGGUUCUACGUUUUAUGUUACCCCUGUUGCCACCGUGGGAAUGUAGUUGACUGAAAGUUACCUGUAUCCCAAACGCUUAUUUCCAUAAUAGUGGGAGAAAAGCACAUUUCGAUAGAAUCAGAGUAGAGGACAUGGCUCUCUUCCAAAAAACUGUAACGUAAAAAUGAGAAUCCCUUUAAUCUCCUUCCUCCUCUUCUCCCACCCAGUGCCGCCUCCCACCCCCAUCUUUGUUACAUAGUUACGAUUUCAUUUUGCACUGCUCCGUCUAAAUUCCUGAACUAUGUGAUUUCAUUGUGACACUCAUUGCUUAGACACUAGUAUCUCUGUGUCUUUGUGAUCACCAGAUCUCUCCCUUGACUCACCCGCACUAUACCGACGCAUGGGAGUCAUUUUAUAGCUCCAGGAUGUAGUCAUUCAUUUGAAAUUUACAGUAGGCCUAGUAUGUGGGCUAUGGGGGAGCAGUGAGUCUACAGCGGCCAUCUGUGAGGCAGUCCUUACUCAGAUCCCUGCAAUGCAAGUGUGUCCAGUGCAUCAGUUCCAGUGCUAGUGUAUCUAUUUGCAUUGGAAUUUACAGUUCUGGCUCUAUUCCAGGAGGUAUCUGGAAUCUACGUUGCAACUUUUAUUUAACUCAAAUAUUUAAAUCAGAGCAUGGCUCUUUGGUAUUGUGUGAUCAUGUGAAUGCAAGGCAGUGUCCUCCUCAUUCCCCAGCAGCAGGAGGUUCUAUUUUAAAACACUAAGUUUCGAAGGCUUUUUGGUCCAAAUGUUACAUGCAAACCAACUUAGGUGUUUUCUUAUCGAUUGAGUUAUUUUUACACUUGUGACAGUGAUCAUACGAACUCUUCAGAGUAUAACCUCUUUCUCAAACAUUCAACUUUGGUAAAGUGCAUCCUUUAGACUGAAAUUGUAUGCAAUAACUAAUCUUUGGGGCUACUGAGGACAAAGUUGGGGAUGGGGGAGGUGAUUUUUUUU